AUGCUUCAAAUGGAGGCUGAACGAGACGGACCUCACAUCGAAGAAGUAGUUGACUCUCCGACUAGAGAAUCUUCCGUUCUUCGAAAUGCCGAUCGAUUUCAAAAUGUCGUGAAGCCUAGCCCAAAGUACUUGGCCCAAAUGCAAGCGUGAGUUGAUUUUUUAAGCUUGACAUGAAUUAAUUUUUAGACUUUUGGCUAAACCGGGAUUCAAUGAAAAUGCUAAUUAUAUGCAGGAGAUGCUCAAUAUUUUAACCAUGCAAAUUAACGAUUGGGAACAUGAUCAGGAGGUGUACGGGUAUUCAGAGAACCUCUCUCAAUCGAUUUCGCAAUGGAAGAGCAGAAGAGAAAGGUGAGUAAUCAGAUAUUUUCAUUAGAAUUCCGUUUUUUUUUCGUUUAGAUACGCCCAAAAAAUAGAGGCGGCAUUGAAACGAUAUUAUGAACAGAAGAGCGGGAAGGACGACAGCGGAAGAAGAGAGCAAGUUCGAAGACAUGCGGAAAUGACUGACAUGAAUAUCACGGUUUCCCCCUUAUUUUGGUGAAUUUAUCGUAAAAAAUGUAUUCAGGACCGUGCUAGUCGCACAAGAUUGCACAAUUCGAAUUCGCAAAGAUCAUACAACCAUCACAACCGCGAUUACAGCUCGGACGAAGAAAAUGAAUAUGCAGGCCGUCCUCCCCGUCGUCGUUCUCCGUACGUUUCUUUUUCCGUGUUGCGUUCCAUUGUUCGCAUCUUCCAGAUCUCCAAACGGAACGUAUUUGUCGAACUCAAACCAUCAACGCCGUGAUCAGAGCUACUUCCAAAAGAGUUAUCAUUCGAAAUCGAGCCAGAAUCGUCGGGACGAGAGCCGUGCUCAGAAAAGCUAUCAGUCUUCUCAGAAGAGCCGCGAAGGCACCAGCAGGAUGAUUAUCGAAAGCGAGGACGAUGACGAAAAAACCGACGGUGCGGCCGGUCCUUCGACUGUUCAGCCCAGAAAGCCCGUUCGUGUGCGUGUCGGAAAGAGCCGCGUGACCAAAGCUCACAAUCGGAAAUGGAAGCCAGGACAGAAGGCUAUGAUGGAGAUCCGGAAAUACCAGAAAUCAACCGACCUACUCAUUCAAAAGGCCAGUUUUCGUCCUUAUUUUCAGUUUUCAAUCUCAGUUUUCAGGCCCCCUUCUGUCGACUGGUUCAUGAAAUUAUGAGCUCUUCCAGCUGGUUCCGCGACGAAUUCCGUAUUCGUGCGGAUGCUCUCCUCGCCCUCCAAGAAGCCGCUGAGGCUUUCCUUGUCGAAUGUUUUGAAGGAUCCAAUAUGCUUGCUGGACACGCCAAGCGUGUCACCCUCACGGUCGCUGAUAUUCAGCUGUACCGUCGUCUGUGCCUCCGUAACCUCUAA